AUGCAAGCGUCCAACUCCAUAUACUGGCCUGCUGAUUCAUUACAUGGCGUAUUUUACUACAGUGCUACUUGUCAGUUCUAUUAUAACAUUACAUUGGAGACAGUUGGCAAUUAUACAGUACACGUGUCAAUGUUUCCAAACAUUAGCAAUGAAGCACGGAUCGAUAUAGCUCAUGGAAUAAAUACAACUUUAAACAUCAGAUUCGGUAAAGUUGAAAACUUGACUUGUCAAUCAAGAUCUGAAGAGAAUGUCGACAUUUUGUGUACCACAACGAAAAUAUUCCCCGAGGCAGUUUGUUUGUUUACAAUACACCGCAAUGCUCAUAAGGUGUUGAGUACAAUUACGCAUGCGUCCAACUCCAAAUUCUGGCCUGAUGUUUUGUUACAUGACGUAUUUUACUACAGUGCUACUUGCCAGUUUUGUUAUAACGUUACAAUGGAAACAGUUGGCAAUUAUACAGUACACGUGUCAAUGUUUCCAAACAUUAGAAAUGAAGCAAGGAAUGAUAUAGCUCAUGGAAAAAGUAAAAUUUUAAACAUCACAUUCGGUAAGUUUAGGAAAUAA